AUGAAGAACCAAGGAAAUUUUGAUUUACUUGAUCGCCUUUACCAGAGCAUCGACCAGGCCGAGUCAGAAAAUUUGAAACUACGUCAAGAAAUAGAUUCUUUAGAGUCAGAAGGGUCGAAAAUCAAGCGAGAUUUCAACGAAGUGCAGGAAUGGUACCAGAAUUCCUGCACCUAUGAACUAGAUUAUGUUGGCAAGCUGGUUGACAUCGGGGACUGUGUGGAAAAAUGUCUUUUCAGACAUGGUGGCAAUGUGAAACGUGAUCUUGAGAUCGUCCAACACCUUCGUAAUACAAAUUCCAGUGUGUUUCAGUUGACCAACGUAUCUACAGGAUUCAAGUACGUAUAUGGGUAUGAUGCAACCUAUAUUAGGCGUUAUUUACACAAAGCACCAGUGGAGGUUGUUGAUAGCCUUGACCGCAGGGGCGAUCUAAUUCGCCUUGAUCCCGACAUUAGCAAUCGGAAUUUUAAAUCAAAAAUCAAGCUCUGUGACGAGAUUGUUGAUUUCUGGUUAAUGAACCUGACAACCAACCCUGAUUUGCGCGCCAAAGUCGACAAAGAGAUCAAGGAGCAACACCAGCGACUGGUGGCACAAACAACAAUAAGGCGCCCGAGAGAGACCGAGCCUGACUACCUUUCAGUGGAACUCAACACAAUACUUCAACCUCUCACUGUGAUUCCUUGGGGGGCGAUCGCAAUGGGCUAUCUUGGAGUCCCUAUAUGCAUUGGUGCCACCAUAUUUGUGGUGCAAGACGACGACUACACAGCUGCGAUUGAAAAGCUCAAUAGUGCGGGGUUUGUCCAAACGGUCCCGAAUCGCACCCCUCCCCCUGAAAUCAUGGAGCGUCAUCCAAACCCACAAAAGAUGUUGGAAGAAAUAAAUGCCGGCUAUAUACGACUGGAUCGAUCUUGUGCAGUAUUUGAUUACCCACCCGGCCAUUCAGCUGGAAAGGGCACGCAGCUGUACCUUUUUCCAAACUCCUUUACGCAUUUUUCUCUACAAGAAAUUCGCCAGUCCUCGAACAAAGUAAAUGACACGGAGAUAAUAAAACAAUUUGAUACCUAUGGCAAUUUACACUACCCAUUAGAAGCAGCACUGGUUGAAAGCUUUAUUAAGGCUGCAAUCGACGAAGAAAAAGACAUCGGCUUUUCUGCAUGGGGCAUGUCACUGGAGGCUUGGGUGGCUAUGAUGAGAGGAUACUUGGAGGUCAAUAAUGAUAUUUUCGAUCAUUGUCUAGAUGAGCAGGCGGUGAAUUGGUAUAGUACUAAGUUUGGUCGAAUCUACGAGGCCAAAUUUGGUCCCAGAGACCGACGUAUUUCAAAACGGCUUGGCUCGGGCAAGGAGAUGCCAAUAGAUAUGAGGGGAAAUCCUAUUUAA